GACAACAGUGAUAAACAUAGAUAAACUAGUUUGUGUAUGGUGAUAAAUUAUAACCUGUAUCUGUCAGUGUAUUGUAAAUAUUUACAAUUCGUUCAAGUGUCGUAGAAAUUCUGUUUUUCGGAUGAACUGGUCGUUCGCAGUUGAAAAAUUGUAGAGUGCAUUUUACCGAUGAAGGAAACAUCUCCUCCAGUCUCAGCCAUGGCUACCCCCACAAAUGGAAGUGCUAAUUUAGUGGACGAGUUUGAGGAAACCUUUCAAUAUUGCCUCAACAUUCUUACCAAGGAGGAAGCAGUGCCAGUUGCUGAAAAAGAAGAAAUAAAAGUAGAGGUGGAACAUAACACAUUACGUUUCAUUGACUUGGCACGUCAAAUGGAAGCCUUUUUUCUACAAAAAAGAUUUCUUCUGUCCUCGCUAAAACCUGAAACGAUUAUCAAGGAAGAUAUAAGUGAACUGCGAUUCGAAUUGACCAGAAAAGAGGAGAUACUAAAAAAACACUCAGAGAAGAUUGCCGUUUGGCAAAAUUUGUUGAGCGAUUUGAAAAACUACAACAAAACUUCGACACAAGGAAACACCAUACCAAGCACUAAUUCAGGGAAUAUUUCACCAAUUGGUAAUGAGAUAUUCCAGAAGAAUCUGAUAGAAAUGUCUGGAAACCCAAAUUCUAAAUCGUUAUCAGGAAUGGUGAUGCCUUCGGCAGUUCAGAUGUUGCAGCAAGAACAAUUUCAACAUCAAAUGCACCAACAGCAACUACAGCAAAUGCAACAGCAGCAGCUACAGAUGCAUAUGCCGGUGCCCAUGGGAAUGCAAGGAGGGGUGAAUCCGGGAAUGGUAUCUCCUGAGGUACUUCUCAUGCAGCAAUCGGGUCUGCAGUCUCCUCGGCUUCCUUUUCCUCAAGCAAGCCCUGGGAGAGUCAUGCAGGGUCCUCUGGCAUAUUUAGAGAAGACGACCAGUAACAUAGGUUUGACUGAUGGUAGGAGGUGACGAGGGCGUGGAAGAGGUCGUGGUAGGGGUAGAGGAAGAGGUAGGGGUCGCAGUCGCUCCACCUUACCGGAUUUUGUCCCUCCCUGAUCUCUUCUGCAGAGCGAAAUCCAAUGUUACCUGAUGUAUAUUAUGGUUUUAUAUUAAUGUGGAAAUAUCCGUUGGACUAUUGGGAAAAAAUUGUUAUAUCGGUACUACUUGUUAGUUACCGUUGAACUGAAUUUUUCAAGGAUUUAUCAUCUUGAGAUUGGGAUGGUUGAGCAAUAUUAUAUUGAGGUUGAAAUGUUUUUUCCUUAAUAGUUCAGAAUUGUUUGUUUUAUCGUAUAUAUUAUUACAUGUGUUGUUGUGUAUUGUAGUCCCUUGAAUAAAGUGUUGCUUAAUAAUGAA